AUGUCGUCUCUGAACACCAGUGCCUUCGCCCAGCAUCCUUCUUUCGUGCUGCUCGGCAUCCCUGGGCUGGAGCAGGAGCAGUUCUGGAUCGCCUUCCCCUUCAGCAUUCUCUACGCYAUUGCCGUGCUGGGCAACACGGCCCUGCUCGUCUUCAUCAAGAGCGUGCCCAGUCUGCACGAGCCCAUGUACCUCUUGGUGGCCAUGCUGGCCUUCACCGACCUGGUGCUCUCCACAUCCUCCCUGCAUGCCUACUGUGAGCACAUGGCGGUGGCGAAUUUGGCCUGUGGGGACACCAGAGUCAAUGUCAUUUAUGGCCUCUUUGUAGCUUUUGUGGUGGUGGUUUUUGAUGUGAUGCUGAUAUUUGUGUCCUACACCAUGAUCCUGCGAGCAGUCUUGAGGCUGCCAUCCACAGAGGCAAGGCUCAAGGCCUUCAGCACUUGUGCAUCCCAUGUCUGUGUCAUGCUGACCCUUUACAUCCCUGCCCUCUUCACUUGCCUCACCCACCGCUUUGGACAGCGCGUCCCUCACCAUGUCCACAUAGUGGUGGCUGUUCUCUACAUGCUACUGCCCCCCGUGUUAAAUCCCAUAAUUUAUGGGGUGAGAACCAAGCAGAUCCGGGACAGAGUGGUCCUGCUCCUCUUCCAGCGGAAGUGA